GCAGCUUUAGGAAGGAGCCGAGCGGAAGAGUGCGACUCUCUCAGGAGGGGAACAACACUCUGAGAUCCCGUGCACAUUCCCGGGUGUCAGACGUUUAAGUGGAGCGACAAGAUGACUCUUACAUCGUACAAAGAGAAGAUGAAAGAGCUCCCCCUGCUUUCCCUUUUCUGCUCCUGCUUGGGCCGUGAGCCUCAGGAGAAGCCUCGCGAAGCAGAAGCCUCUGCAGAUGUCGUGGACCUCAACUGGUGCGUGAUCAGGGACAUGGAGGUCGUCGAGAUGAACAAGCGUGCAUCUGGGCAAGCAUUCGAAGUCAUCCUUAAACCACCUUCCUUUGAUGGUGGUCCUGAAACCAGCAUCUCAUCACCUGACUAUAAAAAUCCAUCCCAGGAGGAGGUCAAGGACAAGCCAGAUGUUGCUGAGGAGAGAAGAAAGUGUAAGGAGGCCGAACUGCAUAGCAACCGAGCUGAAGAGGGGGAGCGGAAAAAUGAAGUUACGCAAAGGCCCGUUGAAGAAAACUUUGUCAAGGUGUCUCGUGUGGAGCAUGAGAAGAACGUGGAGCACUUGCAGGAGAAGGAGAAGCACGCGGAGGAGGUUCCAUGAGGCCCAGCUGGAGUGAAUAUGAAGAUUUCAGAGCAAAUUCAACCAAAGGACUGACUUUAUAGCUCAGUGACAUUUGCUACAACAAUGGACUGUGUUCAACCUUGCUUGAACAGAGCAAGAAGAGGAGAUCUUUCUCGCCAGCAUGGUGACCGAUGAACCACGGGACACGUGUUGAAAACGGUCCUGCCUGGAAAACAUCCCGGAUUUAAAAAACAAAAAAUUCACACUACCUGACUCUGGGGUCCAAGAGAAGGGCCUCUCUGUGCUUUGCUCAUGCGCCAACAGUGCCAACAGUGUGAGAGGCGGUCGAGUGUGCGUCUUAAGAUCUACUCAAAGAGGCCCAGCUGUGCUUGACUGUGCGCGCACGUCUGGGUGUGUGUGUGUGUGUGUGUGUGUGUGAGUGAUUGAGUUUUAGUGAGUGCACACUUCCUUCA